AUGCAAAAAUUGUUGGCGAAAUCCUUGCAGCGGGAGAUCGAGUUGACGAAGCAAAAGGUGAUUGACAAGGCAUUGGAGGUGCAGGGGUUAAUGAACAUGUAUCACAUGCUGAGACCGGACCGUGCGUUGCAAUUGUUGGCCCAGUACCCGCAGGUCUUUGCCACGGCCUGUGGCGACGGAGAAAAUAAAGACACGGAAGAACUGAUUCGGGCCGCUACCCGAAGCUUGCAGGUAGCGGGUGACGCGCCACUCGGAAAAGAGAAGGCACUAGAGUGUAUACAUAUAUACAAUCAACUGAUAGAGAAGAAACUCAUCACCGUCGAGCAAGCGGUGCCGGUUGUCGCCCAUCAGGUACACCCUCUUUCACGGUGA